GCAGUCAGCAGUGCACCGCCAGUGACUGUCCGCUGCUCGCUUCAAAAACUUGUCAAGUGCGCUCGUCCGCCCCGCUCUUGAAAAAGCCGCCGCGUUCUAGCUCACUUGCUCAACUUUGUGCAAAACGCUCCUUGUCCAUCCACCGCGUGACGUCUACUAUGUGCCAUCUAUUCACCUAAUAACGGAUUUUGAGUGAAAAUCGGAGCGAACUAAAAAUAAAACUAAAAUUUGAUGCAUCCUUUUGAAGGCGUUGCGAAGAGUGAUGCUGACGCCAACUAGGAGCACGGACGUGUGCGAGGCUGACAUGUGCAAAAACAAUGACAGUGUCAGAAUGUCCAAUUUUCCGGGGACGGAUGUCGACGGGGCGACCUCUGCUGUAGCUUCCACCGUUUGAGCCGUGCGCUUGGCUGAUAAUGAAAUCUGCCCUCAUAGCAGAUUCGGCUCAUGAUAAUAGCUCGGAAUUUCAUUUGAAAAACAUGUCGUACGACGGCGACUACCUGGAGGAGUACGACUACGACCUAAACGACACGUGUCGCGUGCCGUGGGAGGAGCUGACCCCGGCCGUGGCCGUCUACAGUCUCACCUUUGUGUUGGGCAUCGUUGGCAACUCGUUAAUCGUGUUCACCAUCUUCAGGUAUCGCCGCAUGAAGUCCACCACUAAUGUGUUCCUGGCCAGUCUUGCAUCGGCCGAUCUCCUACUCAUCAUCAUCUGCAUUCCUCUCAAGAUCGCGAAGUUAUUCUCCUACACAUGGACAAUGGGAGUUUUCCUGUGCAAAAUGGUUCACUACAUGCAGAACGUAUCAGCGAUCUGCUCAGUAUUGACUCUCACCGCUAUGAGCAUUGAAAGGUACUAUGCAAUUGUCCAUCCGAUGAAGGCCAAGUACAUAUGCACAAUAUCUCAGGCUCGGAAGAUUAUAAUCGGCACUUGGCUUGCUUCAUUGUUACUGGGAGCACCAAUCAUGUUCAUUCAGGAUCACAUAGAAGUCGGUGCAAAGAUAAAAGGCUACUGGUGUGUGAGGGACUACGUGAAUAACCGGGAAUGGGUUACAGCGUAUGAGCUCUACAUGCUUAUAUUGAUUCUGAUCAUUCCAACAAGCAUAAUGGGUAUUACAUACAGCUCUAUUUGCUGGGAAAUAUGGAGAGUGAUGAAGCAGAGGAAAACCAUGACUAGCGGGAAAGCGACUCUAACCACUGAAACAUUUCCUUUGAGUAGCAAACGCAGCACGUGCUCUAUAAAGACGACUGCCAAAUCGUGCAUUCGAACAACUGACGAGGAAAACGGUACAGUCAGGCAGGUGAUCAAAAUGCUUGUUAUGAUAGUUAUUGUAUUUGUGAUAUGCUGGGGUCCCCUGCUAGUGGAUAACGUUCUGACGGCAUUCGGAGUACUGCCUGAUCAGAAAUCUGGAACUCUCAAGCACAUGUACACCGGGUUUACGUUGAUGGCUUAUUUCAACAGCUGUGUGAAUCCAAUAGUGUACGGAUUCAUGUCGAAAAACUUCAGAGAAAGCUUCCAAAAGGCACUUUGUCGAUGCUGCAGAGGCCCGCCCAAGCGAACUCUAUCAAUGUCGCAGACAAGAACCACAUCCAUAAGGCAGAGUUUCUAGACUAAGAAGAAAGCAGAGCAAGUUCCAAGAUAUGGAGCUGACAGUCAUGUGAGGGUCACAAUCGGUCACCGGUCACCGCCAAAGCCAAGAUAACUGAUCAGGGUAUACACAGUAAACGCAACUAGUCUGAUGAUGUACUUCUCUUCAAUGGUUCUGUGCUGCUCAAAACUAUUUUCCAACUUUAAAAUAUUAUUUGAAAGAUCUUUGAUCCUGGAAUCGUGGUAUUGGAAAUGAAAUACAAUCAUUACAGUUAAAAACUACAAAACCCAUGAAGACUACAACGACUAUUCAUUCCAAGAAUAUUUGGAGUUUAAUAAUAAUCACCAACCUACACUUUUUCUAUACAUCCACAAAUCAUGUACAGUACUGUUAUAAUAAUAGGUAUAAACUUCUCAACCAAUUGCAAUUCAAUUUCUUGCAAGUGAAGUGGACUGUUUAUAACAAUUAAUAAUCCUAUCUUCCAUCUCUCAUCAUUGAUGAUUUGAAAACUAUUUGUACUUUUUACGUGAUUCCAAGAUAAGAAGAGAUUACUUCUAUGCUCUGAAUCUACGUGAUUCUUUUAUUCUCGAAAUAAUUAUUUUAAUGUUUUGUGUUUUGGUGCAGUUCUCAAGAGAUUCAGUCUCUUUACUCCUGAUAAAAAAAUGUGGAUUCAACAAAUAGGUUGAUGGCCGUGUUGAAUCCAUCUCAGAAAGAGGUGUUAAAUUCUAAAGCUGCAAUAUAGGACGAAGAUCAUCGACAAUAUUCCACAUUCAACUAUUGUGAAAGCGUUUUUAACUCUUA